GACUCACUGAGCGCGCUUUCACCGACUUCCUACUCUUAUGUCACAAGUCCAGCGGUCGUUCAUCCUCUGCACCCCUGCUCGCUCGUCAGCAAGGCAGCUACUUGACCAACGCUCUCGGGGAUCCGGCAGAGAAUGACAGCAUGCUCGACACAACCACUCCAGAAGGCGCUCUCCCAGCGUCCGGUGAUCAGAGUGCUAGCUCUCCCGCUGCUGCUAGUCCUUCGACGACUCCUGCGACUACUACUUCAUCUGCUCCAUCUCCUUCAGAGACUCAUGGAAGCACUACAGCUGGGCCCACGUCGACUGGCACUCCCGCCGGCAGCGACUUGGACGCUCACGGAACUUCGGCCAACACUGCGGGAAGCCCUCCCUCUGGAAAUACAGCUGCCCCCGCGGACUCGGAGAUGCCACUAGCACAGUCCGACUCAUCUACGUUUGAUACACCAAUACCCCAAGAUAUGACAGCCGGCUUCUCCAGCCCUGUCAUGGACAGCAGCGUAUCCGACAGCUUUGGCGACGUGUCUGGCAGCAUGAGCGACGCGUUCGAUAGCCUUGACAACACACCGGACAAUGAUACCGAGGAAGGAGAACCUGUCGCUAUGGAUGCUCAAAGCGGUGUCUAGGAAGCUGAGACUUGUGAUGGUCAUGUAUGGCUGAUUCUCUUGUCAAUAGUCAUGCAAAUAAACACGGUUCAACUAUGA